AUGCAGCGCGAUCCAUUGAACGUCACUUUCGCGGAGUACUUUCGGUGCCGCAUCACUACCAAGCUCAUCGUGGCCAGGGAUACUACGAUUGAUGUUGUUUCUGUCCUGGUCGUCAACACUGUCUCGACUACCAUCGCCGACUACCACGCAGACGCGUCGAACACGAAGAAACUGUGGGACCCGGAAGGUCCAGCCAACACAACGCAAAACAAGUACGUCAAACUGACACUGCUAAGCUACAACAAUGUGGUACGGCGAGUUUGGGACAAUGCAAGCAAGGCCCGCAAUGCCUAA